UGAGGGUCCGGUCUUGGACUUGGUUGAGGGUCCGGUCUUGGACUUGGUUGAGGGUCAGGUCUUGGACUUGGUUGAGGGUCCGGUCUUGGACUUGAUCUUGGACUAG